AUGUUGGGUGUUUUGAAAGUAAACCAAAUUAUUGAGAUCCGGCCUGGUAUUGUUAGCAAAGAUGAGCAAGGAAACCAGAAAUGCACUCCCAUUUACUCCCGUAUCACUUCGUUGUACGCGGAACAGAACGAGCUUCAGUUUGCUGUCCCGGGAGGUCUGAUUGGAGUUGGGACAACGAUGGAUCCUACGCUCACGCGUGCUGAUAGGUUGGUUGGUCAAGUCCUUGGUGAAAUGGGUUCUCUCCCUGAAGUUUAUGCUGAGCUUGAGGUGAGUUUCCAGCUUCUGAUGCGUCUCAUUGGAGUGAGGACAAAGGAAAAGGAGAAGCAAAUGAAAGUGUCAAAGCUAAGCAAGGGAGAGAUACUGAUGGUGAACAUCGGGUCCAUGUCUGCGGGAGCUAAGGUUAUUGGAGUGAAGAAAGGUUUGAUGAAAGUGCAAUUGACAGUGCCUGUUUGCACCACUAUAAAAGAAAAGGUGGCUCUAAGCCGCCGUGUCGAAAGGCAUUGGCGUUUGAUCGGCAGCGGUCAGAUUGAGGCAGGAACCACCAUUCCUGUCCCCCCUCCUCGUCUCUGA